AUGGGCCGAGCAUGGCUCGGUGCCCAGCUGUCGGUGCUUGCCCUCCAGGCCUUCGCGCAAACUGGCCCCGGAGCUCCGGUGAGCUUUCAGCAGCCAGGCUUCCAGAACCGCUACUACCAGGCCAGCGGCUACCUGGGCUCUCGUGUGUUGGAGCACAACCGGACGACGCCUGAUCGGCGCUUCGACCAGUACAUCGAGGUCUUGUGGCCGUCCAAUGCGGUGGUGGACCGGCAGGGGCAGAUUUGGCUGUCAGAUCAGCGCCAGCACCAGGUGGUGCUGGUGAAGGCUACCAGCCGCUAUGUGAGCUGGCCCGCCUUCUACACGGAAUAUGCUGGCGCACGGGGGCUCUCAGGCCAUGUGGAUGGCAGUCGACUGAAGGCGCGCUUCAACAGCCCCAAGGGCAUCGUCAUCACCAUGGACCCCCGAAGGCCGCUGCGCCUCUACGUGGCAGAUAGUGGCAACCACUGCAUUCGCGUCUUGAACUACGACUCGGGACGCGUCGCAACGAUCGCAGGCUCCAAAGAUACCCGAGGUUGGAGGGACGGGCCUGGACAGGAAGCUCAAUUCGAUGAGCCUUCGGGCCUGGGCAUGGAUUCUGAAGGCCUGCAUUUGUUCGUGUUGGACAACUUCCGAAGGAUCCGCUACAUCGAGCUCUAUCUCAAGAAGAAGACCGUGACCACACUCGUGGGCGGCGCUUGCCGUGCUGUUUCACGGUGGACGGACUACCACUCCAUCAUCCAGCGACGAGUGGGCUGCCACCCAGACUGGAAGGCCACGACAGCCAAAGAGCCAAUCGACGUCUUCGUAUCCGGGGAGGGGAUCUUCUUCUGUGCCGGGCACAAGGCCACCUGCGCCCCUCGGAACCACCACGCCUUGGCCGACCGCCUCGCCCCUCAGCUCCUCUCGGAGGAGUACGCGCAGCAGCUCUUGGAGGGGGUUCCUCCGGAAGACCCCUACGACAUGCCCCUGGUCCUGCCAGAUGCAGAUUCCUGA